GUUGUUGCUGCUGCUGUAUCACAGGCGGAUCAGAAAAUCAAUUAAGUUAUGAAAAAUACCAUUAAUUGCCUUUCUUUGUCACCGCAGCUCAUGAAGAAAUGGCGGAUCUCCAGACGUUGUACAUCUGAGGCAAAACACGUCGCACCUAAUGGGGUGUUCUCCGACGAUAAAGACCAUCUCAAUCGACAGGGAUAUUUACGUUUUCUAGAAUUACUGCAGAAUAUCUUCCAAGCGGAUGAGAAUGAGCUGAUGGUUGUGGAAGUCUGCAAGAAGACGCUACAAAAAAGAGAGAGGCUGUCUGGAAGAUGCCAAGAAAAAAACAACAGAAUCCACAGCCAGUCAAGUUGGAUUCUGAAGAUGGUGUAGCCAUUGAAGCUCCAGGAAACCUCACCUUAGACACAGACUUCCUUCUCGGACAAGACCUUGAGUUCGGUGAUCCAGAUCAUGAUAACAAGAUUCUAGGCCUGGAAAAGUUCUCAGAAGUAGCUGCUGAGAUCGGUUUCUCUGUGUAUCCUCUGGGUGAUGAGGAGAGCCCUGCCUACAGCCAGCUCAGCAUGGAAAGUGAAACAGACAACUCACACAGCACAACUGACAAUGGACGGGAAGACGAGGGCAGAGCUGCCCAGUCUGAACCCAGUUUUCCUCCCUACCUGUCCUGCAGGGGCUGCGGACAGCUCCGUGAUGAACCUCUGGGACCUGGCAUAGACCUGGUUGGUCCGUACUGCCUUAGGUGCUGCAAAGCCUCCAGAGAAGCCAAAAGUACGGACUUCUGUUCACCUUUUGGAAGCAUCAGCGGGAUGCGCUCGGGUUCCCACCUGCCGCUCGACGGCGAAGGGGUGGGAAACGGGAUGGGUGACAAAGUACUGACAGCUGAGGACAAGUUGGCCAAACUGCACUCGUGCCACCUCUGUGGCUUCUCCUCCCGUUACGCCAACCAUGUGAAGCGUCACAUGAAGACUCACAACGGGGAGAAGCCCUUUAACUGCCCCUUGUGCACUUACGCCUCAGCCCAGCUGGUGAACCUGCAGAGACACCUGCGCAUUCACACCGGGGAAAAACCUUACAAAUGUGACAUCUGCACUUUUGCCUGCAGUUCCCUUGGCAACCUCAAGAGGCAUCAGCGUAUGCAUGUGCCCUCUGCAGGGGUGGGACAGGAUGCCCUGCCACGACCUGCCAUUGGCCAAAACAGCCUGAAGAGGCAUGUGCCAGUGCAACGACCCGAUGAAGAAGUGUCUGGUACUUCAGCCAAGGUUUCAGAAGUUGCGAGGCCGACAUCAAACCUGAGUUUGGGAGCCCAGAAUAAUGACUACCUAUCAGCCUUCGAUGGCUUAAAGGGGGCGUCACCACCACCUAUACCAGCCUCUAACCCAGCUCCUGGCCACCAGCCUCCACCCCUGAUGGACACCACAGGGAGUGGCAGCAGCAGGGCGAGCAGAGGGGGCGUAGCAGAUGGUGCAGCCCUCCCACCUUCACUUUUCCCUUUCACCUGCCGGUUGUGUGGCAUCGUCCUGGAGGAUGAGGACGGCUCCUCGGCCCAGAUUUGUGCCAAGUGUACCCUUGAAAUGCUGACUAAAGACUCGUCAUCGUCUCCCAACAGCCCCGGCGAGCGCAGUGACAAGGUGUACACCUGCGCCGCCUGCCCUUUCCUCACACACUACCCAAACCACUUGGCACGCCACAUGAAAACUCACAGCGGCGAAAAACCCUACAAGUGCCCACAGUGCGACUAUGCCUCAGCGCACUUCGACAACCUCAAGCGCCACCACAGAGUGCACACGGGUGAGAAACCUUACAAGUGCCAUUUGUGCGAUUACGCCUGCGGGAACCUGGCCAACCUGAAGCGCCACCAGCGGGUGCACUCGGGCGCAAAGCCCUUCCAGUGUGCCGUGUGCAGUUACAGCUGCAACCAGAGCAUGAACCUGAAGCGGCACAUGCUCCGGCACACGGGAGAGAAGCCGUACAAAUGCCAGGAGUGCGGCUACACCACCGGCCACUGGGACAAUUACAAGAGACACCAGAAGAAACACGGCCUGGCCACAGACGGCUGGGUCAAAGUUCCUAUGACUGGCAGCGAUGAACAAGAGGGAGGAAGGAAAGGGAUGGGAGCUGGCGUUCCAGCUCACAGGAAAGAACCAGGUGUUGAUAUGCAGUAUAUGUCCAGGGAGGGAGGUCAGACAAUACACUCGUGCUACAAACUUGAGAUUGUAUAAAAUAUAACUCAGCAAAACUAAGCUACCAGCAACUUGUUUUUUGUUUUUCACAGAGCCUUUAUAUUGUUUUAGUGUGUGUCGGUCUGUUAGUGUUUUGUCAGAUGUCUUCAGAGGCUGCUAAUCGUUUAUUUGUAGAAUCUCGCACAAUUAUAAAACACAGUUCUGUAUAUUUUGAUCCCUUUUUUGGAUUAAUAAGGUGUCUGUUCAGAGUUUGUCUUCUACUUUGUGUCAAGACAAAUGUCCUUUGACUGUCUUAAUCUGUAUGUUAUAUCACACUAGGCUAACACUUCCCUCUGCUAUUACAAUACAUAUCUGGUUCUUUAUUCAAGGACAGGACUUUAAAAACUUCUCAACACGUGCACAUUUCUGCCUGAACUGUUGAGCUGCACUGUGUCGUUUAUAUGAGUUAUUUUUUGUUUUGUUUUUAAUAAGGGCAAUUCCUAUUUUUAUCAAAGUUGUCAGCAUCACAUGCAGAGUCCUGCACGGGUCUGAUUUUCAAGAACCACUCCCGAAGUGGAACCUCGACUUGCAGAGCUGCACCCGCCCUGCCGCCCUCACAGAUCCACGGUCCAACUUGAAACCGUAAAUCCUAUAAUAACCAUACGCUGUUCAAAUGAGUUGGUUAGGCAGCACGUUUCAAGUGAUCAUUUUGGGGGAUUUGAUACAUGUGAAGCUAAGAUAAUAGAUUUUAAAGGUUCCAUGUUUGUGUCUAGUGCUGAGGAUUGCAGAUUGCAACACUUAACCUGGUUGGAAUUUUCUUUGUCCAGGAGUUUUUAUCAGGAGCCGAAUUACCCACAGAGGUGUCUUCCACUCCAAAACAAACGGACCCGAUGAUUUAAACCGGUAAAAAAUAUGAAAUAAAGCAGGUUCAUGUUACAACAGCACUUUACAACACCAAUUCCCAUGUGCACACAGCGGGAGAGGAGAGGGAGAGACGCUGUGCUGCUGCCAGAGGAGCCGCUGACUGAGUUCCCUCUGAGCACUAAGUCACUAAAAGAGUCUGAGAAGUCCAGGGCUUCCACACUAUUGACGCUGCUCCUCUUUGGGACCACUGUGGAGUCAGUAAUAAUGUCACUCUCAGCCAUGCUUGUUGUUGCCCUGACAAUAUGUCAACAAGUCGAAAUAUCGCGAGCAUCACUCUAUGAAUUUUUCAUAUGAUAUUAAAAAAUGUACCAGUAUUAUUGUGAACGAGAUGAUAUGACAUACACCUAAUGUUUUGUCUCACAGCUUAGCCGCCCGGACAUUCAGGAGGUUCCUCAACAAAAUUAACGCCGCUAGUGAUUUAAACCAGUAUCUGUCUGAUUUUAUUUUGAUAGAUUUUAACAUAUUUAUCAUCCAACAGUCGUGACCCAUCCCACGUUUUCUUUUUUCACCAUGAACCAAACCCGAAAAUAGAAUAAAGACAAAAUGCCACCUGUGAAUCAGCUUUCUUACAGAUCACCUGCCAGACACCGGACCCGAAGCAGAACUCUGAUCAUGAUUUUAGGAUCAAACGUUUUUAUUUUGUACCAAAACUCAAAUGAAAUAACUUGAAUGUUACUGAAACAUGAUCCUGACUUACAUUUUGUUUCCUUUAUGAGGUUAUUUAACCACACAGUGCAGCUUUAAGUAAAGAUGGGUCCUUGUAAAGGCCAAUAUUGUGCUUUGUUUGCAUUGGGGCACAGGCUCUGGUAACGGCAUGCCUUCAGAUUAAUUCACUAAUGUAUGUACUACUAGCAAAGUGCUAUUUAACAAUACUGGACUUGUUCUACCCUCCAUAAACUAUACUGAGAAACUAGGUUGUGCAAACCUAACGAAAUAUUCUCGUGUGUCUUGAACUGCGUUGUCAUUUUUGCCAAACCCCCUCAGGAUUAUAAAAUGUGAUUUUAAACAAUAAUUUCUGGUUAUUUUAACACCAAACUUGCAUGCACAAGAGUUUUAAGAGGCCCUCGUCAGUCUUCACUUGGUUGUAUGGUCAAAGAAAAAGCACAAUCAUACACACACAGCUGCAUUCGGAUGGUUUACAUUGUCAAAGGGAAACAUUGGUUGAUGUGUCUUACAUGUGAUACAGAAGAAACAAAUUGUAAACGAGCAUGUUGUUCAAAAGGAUAUUUCCCCCUCGAACUUGUACUUGCUACAUAUCAUUAAUGUCUCAAUUUAUAAACUUAAAUUUGUUCAUUUCGGGUCUUUUUGAUCACGUUCCUUUUGAUCACUGUUUACUCUUGACUGUGAAAUUAGCCCAUUCUCGUGUUUUUUACUUGAAAAAGAUGACACUAUUAGUAAGCAUGUGAGUGUGUAAUGGUUGUUUUAUUUUUUUAACGUGGCUGUAAUACACUGCUAGAAGUGCAUACUUUAAUAUAUAGAUUGUUUUUUUAAAUUCUGAAUGUGUGUGAUGUGUCAUUUAGCUCCCAAGGGAAAAUAAUAGGGACUGUGAUUUGAUUUGAUGCUCUUUAUGAAUUACUAUUAUAUGCAAGUGAGAUAUUUUUUCAGGUUGCCAACUUGCCAUGACACGAUGGAGCAUUGAUUAGUACUGACAUCCCCCAAGUGUCCGUUUUUGUCUUUAUGCAGUGUCUCAUAAAUGCCUUAAGUGAGGAUUUGGAAAUAAACACAUGGAAGUCAUUUCAUUGAAUGUCACA